AUGACUCCAAAAAGAGCGCUAAUAUCUCUUACUUCAUACCACGGUCCCUUCUAUAAAGAUGGUGCGAAAACAGGCGUUUUUGUAGUUGAGAUUUUGCGGUCGUUCGAUACUUUCGAAAAGCAUGGUUUCGAAGUGGACUUCGUUUCUGAGACUGGUGGAUUUGGCUGGGAUGAACAUUACUUGCCAAAGAGCUUUAUUGGUGGCGAAGAUAAGAUGAACUUUGAAACGAAAAAUUCCGCCUUCAAUAAGGCGUUAGCGAGGAUCAAGACCGCAAAUGAAGUCAACGCCAGCGACUAUAAAAUAUUCUUUGCAUCUGCUGGACAUGGUGCUCUAUUUGACUAUCCCAAAGCUAAAAAUCUGCAAGAUAUUGCAUCCAAGAUAUAUGCCAAUGGGGGUGUGAUCGCCGCCAUCUGUCAUGGACCGCUCCUUUUCGAUGGAUUAAUAGAUAUCAAAACAACAAGACCAUUAAUCGAAGGCAAAGCUAUAACAGGUUUCCCACUCGAGGGUGAAAUCGCCCUGGGAGUUGACGACAUCUUGAGGAGCAGAAAAUUGACAACGGUUGAACGCGUUGCAAACAAGAAUAGAGCCAAGUACUUGGCGCCAAUUCAUCCCUGGGAUGACUACUCUAUUACCGAUGGAAAGCUAGUUACGGGUGUUAACGCAAAUUCUUCCUAUUCGACCACAAUUAGAGCUAUAAACGCAUUAUAUAGCUGA